GCAGGGGGUCUCUGGGUUGGUUGGUCGCCUGCCGUUCAUUGACUACCGCCGCCCCGCCAGUCGUCAGGAAGCAGCGGCGGCGUAAGGUUCCUCGUUCCCCCUAGAAGUGAUUGUGAUGCAUCAGUGAUGGGAGGGAGAUGGUGACGACGUCUGGAGUGUGAUGUCACCAGCUUCAUUUUUCCCAGUGCUGCCUCAUGAUCGCCCAGUCCUGACCAGCCUCAUGUCGAAGGAGUGAUAAACACAAUGGCUCAACGAGUGGCAGUGAACCGAAGCUUGGCAGCAUCUAGAGACGGGACACCAUUACACUCAAGAGCAGCCUCUCGCAGUUCCUCGAGGGAAGCUUUAAAUUGUGAUUCUACGACAACUAAACCCAAUAACAAUCAUGUGGUGGAUAAUGAUGGCCACAUUACGAUGAAUGGUAACAGGAAUACAAGUUAUCUUGCACCUCCUCAAGAGGAACGGACUGAGGGUCGAAGGGGAUGGUACGGCUCCAAUACAAAUCUCACUUCCACAGAUUCUACACCAAGCUCGGACCAUACCACCGAUUCAGGACAAGCAACAGAUUCUUCUCCACUUGCUGGUCCUCUCGCUUCACUUGGUUUUUCACAAAAUACUGACAAUACAAACACCUGUCUCUACCGCAUGCCUAUAGUUGGGUAUGAAGUCCUGGAAGAGCGCUCUAGAUUUACAGUAUUCAAGAUACAAGUGUUCCAUCAGCCCACCGGGGAUCAGUGGUUUGUAUUUCGCCGCUACACAGAUUUUGUUCGCCUUAACAAAAGGUUAAGAGCAGAGUUUCCAGGUCUUCGAUUUGCCUUACCACCAAAACGAUGGUUUGGCGACAACUUUGACCCCAUUUUCCUUGAAGACCGACAACUUGGAUUACAGGCUUUCAUAGAUAAUAUAAUUGGUCAUGCUAGAAUUCGUGAGAAAAAAUGUGUACGUGACUUCUUUUGUCUAGAUGAUCCGCCUGGUGCCCAUGACACAUUGGAGGAAAGUCGGGCAAUGUGUCAAACCUUGGAAGACAGUAUUGCUGAUCUUCAGAUACGGCUGCGGGAGAGAGAUGGGGAGAUUGCUGUGUUGCAGUCACAGGUCAACUUUCUCAUGGCACAGCAACACACACUUGUCAAAGCUCUCAGACUAGAAUGUGAUCUUCAGGGAAAUGAGGAAUACUGUCAUGGCUCCACACAUGACUUGAACCUGGCUCUUCUUAGCAUAUGUGAGAAGACCAUCGAGGGUGGCUUGAAUAAUGGCAAUGUUAUAUCCGCUUCAAGGAAUGGUGUGAGGCAUUCCUCACGUGACAGUCUCACAGUCCAUAAAUCCAACGCAGCUUCUACAGUGGAAUCUCCUUUUCGAAGAACACUGGAGAAAGCUUUCCUUCCUCGCUCAGGUUCCAGUACUGCCUUAACCCCAAGCAGCCACAUCACUGAAGCUCCUAAUUCACACAACUGUGUUGAGGUGUUACCUGAAGUGGUUGAGGACCGGUGAAUAAUACAUUGUAAGUCAUCAUGUUGUUGGCUGGAUAUUUUAAUGCUUCUUGAUAUUUUAAACAUCUUACAAGAUUCUAUGAUUUGGUGCUUGACAAUAAAAGAUAUUUUUAAUUGGAAUGUGAUUACUGUGUGCUCAUGUUUAGAGGUUAAUGUGAAAUAACAUUAGUCAAUAAGUUUCGGAACUUUUAAAAAGGGAGAGAACCCGUGGAAAUUUUUUUUUUACACUUUUGCUUUAAUUUAAACUGAUGGUUGUAUUUUCCAUCCCAGUGAUUCUCUAACCAUUAAUGCAGCAGCAUGAGCAGGCAAUAAACUGCAGCUGUCCUUGUAUAAAAUUAUUAUAGAAUGAACUCUAAACCAGUUAUUACUCCAAAGAUCUGAAGAUAUGUAAACUGAUGUAUGUGUAGAAUUGUAAUUACACUAGUCACAUUAAUAGUUUAUCUAAUUAAAUUAAUGAAUAUUUGUGAAAGAUUUCCAAUGAUGACACACUAGUUUCUAGUAAUAUUUAUAUUUACUGUGGUAAUUUAAAACUACACAGGUAAGGGGGGGACUGCCUUAGUAAAGUUUAGCAUUUUGGUGAUGCAUAGCUAUGAAUUGUUGAGCUGCCCAUACUGUGGACUGUAAUUAUUUCCCAAGUUUCCAGAUAACAAUAGCCUGAUUAGCCAUGGUGUUGGUGAAGGAUAGUGGAGAAAUGCUCUGGUUCACCAGACCAUAGUUAUCUAUGGUGUUGGUGAUCCUACAGUAUACAUGUGAUUGUAUACAUGCCUUAAAUGUAAAGUGUGUUUGUCUGGGCAGAACUGGAACAUUUGUUAAAUUGUCAUUUCUUGUUUUUUUUAAUAGUUGAAUUUUUGUUGUUCAAGUUUAUGAUGGAGUAGUUUUAUUAUUGAUGCUGUGAUAAGGUUACUUAUUUGUCAAUGCUAGUACAGAAAAUUAUGAUAUUUUGUCUAUAUAAUAUAUUGUAUGUAUUAUUUACAUGGUACAGUAUGUGAAAAUAGCAACACAUCUUUCUGUUUUCAUGAUGGUAAAUAGAAGGCCUAUACACAACUUUUUAUUGAUGAAAUAUUGCAAGGUGCUUUGAUGAUGCCGAUAACAUUAGCCAUGUCACAUUGGUCUUAUAAAGUAUCGACACAAACACAUAGUCAAAUUGAUUGUUGGUGACUGUCAGUCAUAAUACAAUGCAAUUUGGCUUAAAAGUUUAUGCAUUGGCAUUUGAUAUUGUCCUCAAUAUCUGACAUGAGAGGGGUAAGGCCCAGCAGGGUCAGGUUGAGGGUCCUGCAUAUUCACAAGGGCUUUAAGUACAUGUUAGGCACUAGUGUUACACUUGUUCAUAGUUGGUCUAGUCGGUACCACCAUAAGAGGUGUGAAAAUUGUAUUAAAUCUGUUAAGGAAUAACGAAACUAACUCUUGGCAUUAUCACCUAAAAAUCAUCUAUUUUCUAUUCUAGAGUAUUAUAUGAAUUGAGAGAGAAUUAAAGCUAGAAUUUAGUUUCGUUAACAAAUACAGUAUUUCUAAAGCUGUAUUCUAUCUCUCUCAAGUUAUGGCAUUAUUUUCUUAUCUUUUUUCAGUAUUUAAGUAUUUUAGGAACCAGAUACUUCACAAACAUUUAAAAUGACUUUAACUGUUUGUGCAUAAGUUAAAAUGUAAAGUUGUCCUUUUAAGAAUAUCAUGGAGAAACAAAAUAUAUUUAAUUAAUCUUUAUUUCUUCCAUGGAAAAUCAUCUGUACUUUGUCCUCUCAACUUGAUGCCUCCUUUUGAUACACAUUUACUUACUUUAUCAUGAUAUAAAUAUUGCCUUUGUAGAGAGAGAAGGUGUUUCUGAAUUGUAUGUUUAUUUUAUAUUUUGAAUUUUUUUUCAAAGAAACCGUAUGCAUACCUUUCAAAAUGUUGUAGCUUAUCACUAUGUGGUUAUCAGAUGCUACAAUAUUCUAUGUAGAUCUUGAGGCAAGCUAAUUAUUCUUGUUGUUGCUGUAGUGGUGAUGUAGGAUUAUGUGAAGUGACUGUAUGCUCACCUUACAAUGGAGCUAUUAGUGAAGUACACAAGGUGGAGGUGUGAGAGGGGGAGGGGGUAGAGAAGUGUUUAAUGUGACAUCCAGUACUCGGGUGAGAUUGUAGAGGUGAGCAUUGGGCAAUGUUAAUAUUUAUGUAAAUCUAAAGAACUUAUUGGAAAAAAGUAUUUUUGUGAAUACAGAGAGAUGUACAGUAUACUUAAUUGAAAAUUCUAGAAUAGCUCGAUACAUUAUCAUCAGUACAGUACAAUAUUUUACAUUUUUGGUGGGUGGGGAAGCACAUGCCUGGAAAGUAUGAAACAAAAUGUAUAGGAUAAAGAGGGUAAAAGAAAAUUUAAGUGACAAUCAUUCAUAACACAGUGUACCAUCAAGGGAAACCUUAUUCCACUACACUAUAACAAAUGUUGUCACUGCAAUAUCUAAUUUUUAUGGCUGGUUAUACAGCAUUCCACGUAAAUGGUGACUUGUCUAGUGCAGUAAGACAAUUACCAUACUUAGAAAUGUUGCAAAAUACUAGAGAAAAUACAAAUUAGUGUGAUAAUGUUUUAAGGGGGGGGAGGUUAGUUGAGAGAAUAAUAUACCAGUUAUAUAUUUCAUGCAAAAGGUUUUUGUUCUCGUAUUGGCAUCCUUGGUGAUAUUUAGCGCCCUCUGAUUAUUCCGCACUUUGAUGGUGCUACAUAGCCUUCCCGGUUUGGUGCCUUCUUUUGAUAAUUACUUACUUACUUACUUCAUGCAAAAGGUUAUACAUUUUUUUAAUUAAGAAGCAAGAUGUAGUUGUAGAGAUACAACUACAUCUACAGGUAAGCUGUCCAAAUUACAAAGAUUGUAAUUUGGACAGCUUACAAUCCAAAUACUGUACCUUAAACUAUAAGCUUUUUGAACAGGAUGAGGAGCUUUGACAUAGAUAAUCAGAAGAGUAGGAAGUAAAAGUUUAAUAACAUAAACAGUGGUAAAAUCUGUGAGGGAGGUGUGUAAUGACCUGACCUGUCUACCAAGACCUUGGUUGUGGUUUAGGUUAGGUUGAGGCAGAUCACAUGUUAAAGUGUAAAUGGCCUGGUAGAUUUUGUGGCUUAGGUUAGAUCAAGGUAGACUGCAUGAUAAAGUGUAAAUGGUUAGGUAGACCACACACUAAAGAGUAGCAUGUGGUAUCUGGCCAUUUAAAGUGGCUAUCCUAAGUUCCCUUCACCUUAGAGAGAGAGCCAGAUUGUGGUUCUGGCUGCAGUAGGCCUGGUGCAUCUCCCUAAGGCUUGACUAGACAAGUGUUUAGCUCGAGAAGCUACUGAGGACCCCACUAUAAAAACCUUUUAUUAGCUUCUGUGCUGGAUUUUUCCCAUCAUGCAAAAAGGGUUUAUUCUUGUGGAACACAAAUUAGCCUUCCAGUUUCCCAGGAAAACAUUCACAUAUUCAAUGACUGUUUUGGUGCAAAAUUAUGUCAAUGCAGCCAGAAAUUGUUCAAAAAUCAAAACAAAAGUUUUCUCUUGCCAGAAGCUUUUUAGAAAAAACUAUUCACUGAUGGCUGACUAAAUACUUAAUCAUCGCCUUUAAAAGUAUUUAACACUCGUGUUCUGACGAAGCUAAAUCGUGUCAUCUGUACUCUGAUGGUAAACAUUCUAAUGACAAACACGCCAUCUGAUUGCUAAAUUUUUGUUUUUCAGUUGCCCAGUUAUUAUUUUGCAUUAACCAUUCUGAAACUCUUCGAAAUAGUCAUUAUUGUGUGGAUAGAACAUAUCUAAGGCAUGAGUAGACCAUCCAGAGAGCUUCCUGCCCACCCAUGAGGCCCUCACUUGAAACAAACAUAUAUUCAUCACUCACAGAGAUCACAAUAACGUGAUGCAUCAGUCGAUUAAGGCAGUGUUUGGGAUACUCCUGGAAGCAGGUUCGAAUCCUCGUCACGGCCCUUGUGGAUUUGUUCAUAUAUUCAUCACUGUUGCACUUAUAAUGAAGAGGAUUCAUUUUGCAAACAUUUUGACACUAAAAUUUGUAAUUAUAACCCAACAAAUAAUUUUGGAAAACAAAAAAUAAUUGACAACAUUUUUACGUUGUGGGCAGGCAAUAACAACUUUGAGCACACAUUAUUUUUUGGCCUGUAAAUUACUAGUACUUAAAAGAAAAGUAUAAAAGUUUUUUUCUCUCUGUACAGUGGUCGAGACUGAUUAUGUACACACACUUCUAUAUGUUUAUAUUUAGGAGGAAUAAUACUGUAUGAACUUGCUUAUCCGAAUUCCAUUAAACAUCAUAUUUGGGUUAUCUGGCCAAAAUCGCAGCCGGAUAUUUUUUUUUACCAAAACUUCCCCAUAUCCGGAUAACAAUGUAGGUAACAGAAGGCUGGUUAGUGCAGGCUAGCAUAGUCUAAAUCAGGUCCACAUAACUUUCUGCCAAAUUUCACCAUAUCCGGACAGACAUCCAGGAAACCAAAGAUUUUUCUGGUCACUGUAGAUGUGCAUCGGGCCAAACCAUAUUAAUCCCGUGUAGCAGUGACUUGAGCCGUGGGGUAUGGGAGGUGUUAGGAUGGGUGGUUUCAGGGUAGGGACUGUCGGGAGAGAGGAGAGUGUCAGGAGGAACUGUCUGGGGAAUGAGGGGCAUGUGGAAGGACCUAUGAUAUGUAUUGUAUAGAAUAACCAAGAAUUAUGAUAGACCAAUUCAUUAAAGUAAACAAAAUUAAGAAUUAUUAUCUAUUAUAAAUACAAAUUUCUUAAAACUGUACAGGCUGAAGACUAGUUUCCUAU